AUGGGCGACGUUCACCACGGCUCCCGUUAUAAGGAGUACGAUGACCAGUCCGACGACGACGGGUAUUCGCGCACUACCGUCCGUCGCUACAAGGUCAAGCCUGGUCGCAACGGUAACCAGCACCAAGAGGUUGUCGAGGUUGGCGAGGAUUACCGCCCCCAACACUCCGAGAAAGAACACCGCUCCCACGACGACUACCAGCUGCAAGAUGGCUACGAAUAUGAUAGCCAAAGUCGCCAACCAGACGGUGUAAAGGUUCAGCGCCAAUAUGCCGACCACUGGGACCAUGACCGAGGUUACGACGUGGAGCGCUACCGUAAGGAGACAGAGUAUUAUACCCCCCGUCCCGAACUCAGUUCCGAGCACCACCAUCGCCGCGACCGCGACCACGGCCACGACCAUUACGUCCCGGAGAGUCCUAGGACCGCUGUCGAUGACCACUACCGCCACGACUAUGACCCCAACUUCAUGGUGCUAAGGAACAAAGACCACAGACAUGGUCGCGAACUUGCACCGAGGGACCGUUUUAACGAUGACUACUACUAUCACCGCGAAUCACGCCGCCUUGACCCUGACCGUGAGAGGACACAUGCUCUGGCUCGCUACGAUCGCUAUCGCCGUGAUCAGGGAUACUCGAGUGACGAGGGGGAUCAUCGUACCCGUCGUCGCCUCGCUCGGAGGGAGCGCAGUGAGAGCCCUCCGCACCACAAGCGAGAGUUGGCUAUUGGUGCCCUAGCUGGUGCCGGUCUCACCGCCCUGAUCAACAGCCGACUGGGCGAGGAUGGCGAGCUUCCCGAGCACCGUGGCCAAAAGGUACUGGCGGGAGGCACUCUGGGCCUCUUGGGCACCGAAGCACUCCGUCGUGCGCACUCUGCCUAUGGCGAUCGCUUCCACGACCACUCCCCCGAUAGCCAUUCUUCCUUAAAGAAGGGCCUAAGUGUCGCCGCUGUUGCCCUGGCCGCUGCCGGUGCCGCCAACGCCCCCUACUCAAGGUCGGCGAGCCGCGGACGUAGCUUGUCUACCGCAGCUAAAGCCGCAUUCGGCGCUGCAGCUACCGCAGGAAUUGCCAACCAUAUUCGCAGCAAGUCCCGCGGCGGAUCGCGGAGCAAGUCAAGGCUCCGCCGUGUUGCUGAAAUGGGUGGCGCCGCGGCUCUAGCUGGUGUGGCUGGAAAAGCCUAUCAGCAUCACCAGAAAAAGAAGAGCCGCUCCGCCGAACGGUCCCGGGAUUUGGGUGGUGAUGAUGAGGAGAGCGACCAUGGCCAUAACCACCGUCGCUCGAGCCAUGCUCGGAGCAGUCGUACACGAAGCAGGUCGACGGCAAGGUCCCUUCAUCGCUCGGAUGCUGGUUCCGAGCCCCAGCUGGGUCUUGUCGAGUACGGCCAUGGUCCACUGAGCCCAAGUCAGCGCUCAGAGCAGCAGACGUACGAGGAUGAGGAGCGACGCCACAGGAGACGCAAGAGACGUGGAUCUCCUGGCCAGUCGGAUUAUGAGUCGACCGACGCGAGCUCGUGGAGAAGUAGGAGCAGGAGCCGUAUCCGCGAUAUGGCCGCGGCCGGUGCGACAGCCCUCGGAAUUAAAGAGUACAAGGACAAGAAGGACCAGGAGAAGAGGGAGUGGAGGGAACAGAGAGAUGAAAGGACUUUUGAUCCCGACCAAGACUCACGGCCGCCCCGCCAGCGCUCUAGGAGGCGCCACAAUGAAGAACCUGACGACUACUUUGAUGAUCCCCCUCCUCGACACGGCUCACCUCCCGUCGCAUCCGGUGGAGGCGCCUAUUACCCUCCCUACCCGGCCACUCCCGGUUCCGGAGCCACGAGCGGGGGUUACACGCAAUUCCCAACCGCCGACCCCCAGCAAACGUACAUUCCCCAAGACUACACGGGGUACCCGCCACCGCCGGCACCUGUCCCCCCCCCAGCGGGCCAACCCCCGUCUGCGAGCGGAUACGUCCCGCCUCCACCUCCGCAGGGAACUCCUCGCCACGAUGCCACGCUAGACAAUGUGAGUCCUGAUGCCACCGUGACCAGGGGACAAGGCACAGAGGGUGCGUGA